AUGCAGACAGAUUCUUCCACUGGGUGUGAGGUGGGGGUCGCCUGCAAUGCGUUACCUGAUGCAACAUAUUAUCUGAUAAAUUUGAACCAAUUGCCAUCUGGUGACGCUGAGCUCACACUUUUUCGUGCCAAUAAGCUUUCUGUCCGAAAAUCAUAUGGAUUUCUAGACUUUUCAUACACACUGAUAAAUAAGGAGAGUGACUUGCUUAUAGCGCGCAAAUCGCCUCUUAUCUCUAGCUCCCCGUUUUGGGACUAUCUAUUUGACUCUCAGUUUCGUUUCCAGUCAUGCUCGUUGCUAUUUUGGCAUGCAUUUAUCUUCUUAUUACGUGUCAUCAGAUGGGCAUCUUCCCAGGGCCCAAGGCACAAUGUCUGGCUAGACUUUCUGAAUUCAGCUCUACACGGUAAUGUGUUCGACUACCUUAUUGUUCUAGAUACCGGUAUUCUCGUACUUGACACUCCAAACCUACUUCUAGCAUGCCUUAAAUCGGGAACUAGCACGAUUAAAAGGAUAUCAGACGAGACCACUCCUAUUGUAUUGGAGGCAACGCUGGUGUGGGCGCUCGGAUCCUACUUUUCCACGACUAUCCCAGAGCUUUUUAACAAUCUGGAUCCGUGCUAUUCCUCUCUUUCUGGUUACACAGCAUAUCAACCAAUAGACGUAUCCAUGCAGAAAUUAUCUUCUUUAGCUGACAAGAUUGCAAACGGAGAAAACUCUUUUCCUGCUGCACAGAUACUGAAGGAUCCUAUUGUAAGGAGGAUGGAGAUUCUAGUGGAUAGGCUAUGCCUUAUUUGCAGAUCAGACCGCGGGUUUACACAAUUGAUGACGGCGGCAAAAGAGAAUAACGAGAACGAAUUGAAGAAAUUUAUAUACCAAUCCAAUCUGACUUCCAGUACUCCCUUGGGGUUAACGGCAUUGAUGGUAGCAAUCCGCAAUAGGUCAUCUCUGGCCGCAAAGGUUCUAGUCCCGUAUGAGGCAUGUAGUAUAGAUUCAGCCGGUUCCACUGCUCUUAUGUACUCUGUCCAGAAUAAGCUCUAUGACGGGGCCGAGGCUCUUGCCUCACUCGAGUGUGGAAUACGCAAUAAGGAAAACAAGACAGCAAUCUACUUAGCUUACGAGCAGCACGACCAUAAAAUGCUAGAGAUUCUUGCACCGUGGGAGAACCAUCUAGUAUAUGAUAACGGCAAGACACUACUUAUGAUAGCCUCCAGCCAGAACAACAUCUCAGCUGUUAAUAUUCUUCUUAAGUACGAAGCUGGCGUUUCUGAUCGAUCUGGGCACAUGGCCUCUCGCUAUGCCCUUCUCAAUGGGCAUAGAGAGGUUUUCAAUGCGCUCCUGCCUGCCGAGCAGAGUAUCAUGAAGCGCUUUAGUUGCACCCCGCUAAUGAUCGCAGUUGCCCAAAACGAUGUCAAGCAGGUCUCCAUAGAACUCAACGUAUACCCCAGGCGCAAAUUCAAGGGAAUCACAGCUCUUAUGAUAGCAGUGCUAAUGAAUUCUAAGGAAGAGAUUCUUGAAAUGCUGGAGGCUAAGGAGGCACGCAUGGUCAACACCAAAGGCCAGACUGCUCUUAUGCUCGCUGUUCAGAGGAAUCUAAUACCCUACGUUACUAGGCUGGCUCCAUUAGAAGCAGGAAUAUUUGACAAGAGGGGGCAUACUGCCUUAAUGUACGCUAUACAAGCUAAGAAUAUCGCUGCCGUGAAAAUUCUAAUUUGCUAUGAAACCGGAUUGGUUAAUCCCUACACAGGGGCCACAGCACAUCACAUGAUUAAGUCCAUUUCAGAAACAGAGCAAGAUAUUGCUUUAGCGCAGGAGCUAACCCAGACUGUGGGAAGGUAUGAGACAUUCAAUCGUGAUGCCUAUGGGAACACGCCUUUGAUUCAUGCUGUGAUUGCCAAUAACAAGGGUUUACUACAAGAAUACGCUUGCCAGGCUAAGCUUCGAAACUUCCAUGGACGCACUGCCUUGCAUUUCGCAGUUGAGCUAGGUAAUUUUGAAGUAGCGCAGGAGCUGCUUGAGCUUGGGGCAGGCGGUUUGCAAGAUUACUCUGGAGUAACUGCACUUAUGAUAGCGGCAACGAAUGGCCAAACAGACUUGUUGGACCUCCUUCUUAGUCACGAAGCAGGAGAGACCAGGCGUGUGACCACAGCAGGAAAGAGUGCCCUUAUUCUUGCUCUAGAGAAUGGGCACACCUCUGCAGCAUCUACACUUGCCAUCUAUGAAUCAGGUAUUGUUGAUGAGGCGGGCGCCUUUGCAGCCAAGAUCGCGGCCAUGAAAGGCUACACUAACGUCUUUACUCAGCUUUAUGAGCAGGAGAAGAACCUGCUUUACAACGACGGGUUCACUCACCUCAUGCUAGCAGCGAUAAGGAAUGAUAUAAAGACACUCCGGCAAAACAUGCAAACGGAUGCACGUACUGCGCUUCCUGGAAGUGGGAUGUCUGCGCUAAUGCUAGCAACUAUCCACGGAAAUCAGGAAGCGUGCCGGUUGCUUCUAUCAGUCGAAAGUUGUAUGGUUAACUCUGAAGGAAAGACUGCUUUGAUGCUUGCUGCUGAGCGUGAUCUAUGCAGCAUAGUGAAGAUGCUCUCUAGUAUUGAGGCAGGCCUAAGGGACUAUAGAGGAACAUCAGCGCUGAUGAUCGCGGCCAUGCGGGGUCACCCUGAGAAUGUUGCCGAGCUCAUGAGGUACGAGGCAGGAAUUGCCAAUAAUGCAAAGCAAACAGCAGCGUCGCUUGCAUACUGGUCCAAUCAUAAACAGAUCUUUUGCAUGCUAGCCCAGGCAGAACUGAGCAUCAGAGACGCUCGUGGAAAUACUGAGUUAAUGAAAGCAGUUAUGAAUAAGGAUAUAAAGCAGGCCACUGCUAUGGUGCACCUGGCAGGCUGCAAGAAUUUCAACGGAGAAACAGCCCUGAUGAUCGCUGUCAAAGAGAGGUUCUACGACGGCGUCGUUUUGCUGGCGGAUCUAGAAUCUAGUAUCCAAGAUGUCAAUGGGACCACGGCGCUAAUCAUAGCGUGUGAGAACUCCUUUAUAGAGGCCGUUACCUUGCUUCUAAAAGAAAUCAAUAUACACAAACUGGAUGGAUCUAGUCCAAGGUCAGUUGCACUUGCACGUAAUCAUUUCGAGUUAGGGAGGCUUCUCCCGAAAAAGCCCUUGCUGGACUCUUUUGGAUGCACUCAGCUGAUGCUUGCAAUUGAGGCAGGAGACGAGACACUUGCUUUGACCCCACAGAUGCUUUCCUUAGAGGGCUUUCAGGACUACGAUGGCAAAACCGCCCUUAUGUACGCUGCCGAGAAAAAUAUGUGCUCGGUAGUUGAAGCUCUUGUGGGCGUGGAGUGCAAAGUUAUGGAUUACAGCGGAAAGACCGCCGCAGUUCAUGCCUAUUUGACAGGCUCUUUGGAGUCGCUGGCCAUUCUUAUCAGGUUUGAGGCUCUUCAUUACCUCAAUAAUUCAACACAAACCAUCUUUAUGCAGGCAGUUGUGGCCCGGAACAUAGAAGUUAUACACAUUGUUGGGCCAUAUGAGGCAGGAUACCAACUGGAGGAUGGAACCACCGCACUGUCACUUGCGAGAACCCUCAGUGAGAAGUCAUGCGAACGGCUCCUCGAAGCUGUACUCCAGUAUGAAGCUGGUAAUACAGCUCCGCGGGCAACUAGUUUAUUAGGACAAAGAGCAGAUAGAGAAAAGAUCAUCUCUUUCGGCAGUAGUCAUAGAGUAGGAACCCCGGAGAUAGAGGAGCCGGGGCGAGAUAAUGAUGGAAAUACAGCACUAAUUCGGUUAGUUCGCAGCAAUUCCAAGGCGGACAUCUCUCCCUUGCUGCAUCAAGCCGGUCUUGUGAACCGAAAAGGAAUGAGCGCUCUAAUGUUUGCUGCAGAACUAAACAAUGUUUCCGCUGCACGACUUUUAGCUGAAAAAGAAGCAGGCUACACUGUAGUUUCACAUAUAAGCACGCCGUUCAUUUUGUCCAAUGCAACGGCACUCCAUAUUGCUGCUAUUCGUGGCAACACAGAAAUUGUACAGAUUUUGGUGGAGCAGGAAGCAGGGAUGGUGGAUUAUCGGAAAAGAUCAGCACUGAUGCUAGCCGCGUACUUCGGCCAUCUCUCUGUUGUUCAAUUGUUGCUUGGUAGAGAGAAGGCACUUCAGGACUCCAGUGGCCGCACUGCCCUGUUUUACGCGAUUGAGAGUAACAAGGUGCGCAUAGUUCAGGAGCUCUUACCGCAUGAGGCGACUUUGGUGACAACCGCGGAUUAUAUGGCUGGCCCCGGUUUCACUGCUCUUAUGGAUGCAGCUAGGCUGGGUAAUAUCGCCGCUAUCAAGCUGCUUAUGGCUAAAGAAGGUGGAAUGACACAGCCACAAGAGGCUGGGACACACUCUAAUUGGACCGCACUAGUCUGGGCAUCUUCUCACGGCCAACGAGAGGCCGUUCUCGAGCUUGCACCCUUAGAGUUAGAGAUCUGUAGUCAACUGGCCUUUUACUAUGCUCAAGAUGCAUCGAUAACUGACUUACUAACAGAGCUCAGAAGCGCCUUUUCCUCACGUUCUUAA